AUGGCUAAAAGCAACCGUCCGUGGAAGUACAACAAUAAAAAGAAUAAAACUAAACCAGUGGCAGCAGCUACGCCGGAACGCACUGAAUGCACCACCUGCCAGGGAUCAUUCCCAGACAUGACAAUGAUGGAAUUUACCCAUCAUGUCAUCAAUUGCCAACAACAAGCCAAGAGAGUUGCAAAGAAGACAGAGGAGGCUGCAAAAGAGAAAAAGGAGAACAUUACUGCAGAACCCAAAGGGAAGAAGACAGAGAAAAAGAAGUAGGUAAAAUGUACUUGACUGUCAAUCUAGCAAAAUGGCAGACGACUUGAACUUGCAAUAGACACAAUAAUGCUGGGUGAUUUUUAUUUUCUUUUGAACACCCGUUGACCCAGUCUCUUUCCGGGUUUAUGUCCAGUCCGCUUUUUAAAACUAUGUUUCCUACUGCUCAUUUUUUUCUUAGAAUCUCUUUCUUUUUUUUGGAAGGUCAAUAGAAUCUCUCUUACUAAGAAAGAAACUACACUUAGUGCAAGAGGAUUGUGGAUAUUAAGGAUGUGAUAAAUUCCAUAAUUGCAUGCUAAAAAAAUGUUUUCCCUUUUAUAAACAAAUGGCCACACAAAUCAAAUGGUAGUAAGAAAGGAAGUACAGAACACCACAUCCACUAGUACCCUAUACAAAAAAAUAGCAACAAAAGAAGAAAGUUUGACUUAGGCAGAAAAUCAGAAGUCCUUGUAGCAUUGGGGGUAUUGAAAAAACGAAAUUCGGCUUGGAUUUUUUCACGCCUUGUUUCAUUCAAAAACAUUAAAAAAAAAAAUCAGAGGAGAGGACUGGAUUAUCCUUCUUAGGAAUACUUGGGCAGAACAACACGAAACAAUAAAAAAAAAGUGUAACAUCCCAGAUUCUCGUCUUCAAGAAAAGUUUUUCCAGUUAAAUACAAUUUGUUCUUUCAUCAAAAAAAAAAAACUAUACAAUAAUCUAAAAUCAAACCUUCCAAGCGAGAUCUGCUGAAAACUCCUUCGAUUAUCUGAAGUCGUGUCCUUUUGAUGUCCCAAAUGAUAUCUCCAAAACAAAUGCUAACAGCCCCUAUUUUUGGCUUGAGAGAGAAGGGAAGGGAGGAGAAAGAGACAAUAGAACACAAAAUUAGUGGAUCGGAUCAAUUCAUAAAAAUCUGUUUUACAUUAAAAAACAAAAAAUACAUAAAUAAAUAAAAGAGAAGCAAAUAUCAAACCUUCCAAGCCAGAUCUAACGAUGCCCCAAAUGAAAUCUCAGAAAAUAUACAAUGAAAUCACCAAAUCAAAUAUCAACCUUGGCGAGAUAGAAUAGACAGACAGACGGAAGACCUUUGGAGAGGGAAGAACAGAGGAGAGGAGCGGAGAAGAGAGAU